AUGAAAUCUUUGUUUGGAAUAAAAUAUCCCGCGCUCUCCAAAGACACGGGCAAAAGUGAAGACUUGUUCGAGCAUGUCAAAACAGGGGUGGAUUCUGUCGAGGGCCAAGAUUGCGAGUCCUUGAAACCGCUGUUGAUUCUGCUUGACUGUCAAAAGCGUAAAUCAUAUCUCUCUUGGACCGACGGUAAUGACAUGCUAUUGCAGACCGGGAACCAGACGGAAGUUUCUCCUAUUUCCAGAGUUGCUCUUCAAGGAACGUUGCUGAAAGUUGUAGUGAAGCCAGAGGCCAAUGAAUACGACAACGUUAUGGUGUUAGACGUUGCGAACGGUGUUUCUCCGAUGAGUUGGAAACUGGGACACACCUCGUUGGACCUCAACGGAGGUGCCGUUACGCUUUUGUGCCGGUCAGUCGAGGCUCAAUCCCAACUUCGGCUGUUGUACGAUAUGUGCAUGCUGGCAAGGUUUGAGUACAUGUCGCUACGCAAGGCGCUGACUGCCACGGUCAUCUCAACGCACGGAAGUCGAAUCUCCGACAUAUCCACAGUGUUGCUAGCGCAGCAUAGUUACAAGGAUUGGUGUUACAUCAGCAUAGAUGGAGAAUGGGUCAAGGCGUGGUGCCAUGUUGAUCGUAGCCCUCGAAAUGCGGGAACCCACAAGGGCCGCCGCCAAAUAAAGUUUUUCAAGGACGAUAGGUCACUCACAGCCAAGAACCUUUUGUGCUUCAUUCCGGCCUGCGACGAGGACAAGGACCUAUUCUUGGUGGAGGAUCAAGACCCGAACCUUUCAGAAAGUAGCCCCACGGACGGGUUUGCUGACUUGCGCUUCCGCGAUCACCUAAAGGCGGCACAUGUAGACGGUGCCUCGCUAGAGAGCUCAAUGGAAGCUCUGUUAUCCAGGCUCAACACUCUACGCUUUGUAGGCGACAUUUAUUGGCCUGGGUCGACUGCAUCCGCGCCUAAUGGCAGUAAGUCCCCGCCAAUUUCGUUCUCUGCCGGUAGUCUAUCGCCACGGAAGAAGCGUCGCAGUGCUGUGGAAGCACCUUCAAACGAGCCAAGUGGGGCUUCGUCGCAUAAGCGCUCCAAGUCGGGGGUCUCAAUGUCCUCCGUCCACCACCCUGACGAGGGAGACUAUGAGUUCAAAACAUCGGAGAUUCUAAUCAAGCCAAUACCUCACAGCGGCGUGCACCACCUGGAGUCCCUCAUCCGUUGUGCCCUGCCUAUGAUGGGUUGUCUCAGCUUGUACGGCAGGCCCGUGCAUUUCAACAAUUCUCGGAUGGAUCCAGAGUCGAUGCUCUUUGGUCUUCCGCGGCUCCCAGUGAUUGACUUCUUCGCAGCUGAGGAAAUACCGUCUUUGUUUGAGUAUACGUCCACCAUUGCGGGUGGUUCUGAGCAUCUCAACAGGACAAUUGCCGCUUUCAAGCAGUUUCUUGCUCAAAGAAUCGCGGACAAGGGCCGGCAAAAACUCACUUUUACUACUCUUUCCGAUAUGAUGCAGACAGGAUCUGACUUCUCUGUGUUCACAAGCUCCUCGCGGUCAACCAGCAACUCACCUUUGAUAUAA